CUCUUCGGCAGUUUUCGCAGUUGAUCGCUCGAUAAUAAUAGAGAGGUUAAUUGUCACUUCAAUUCCAAGUGAAUAAAAUGGAAUCUAAUAGUUCGCUUAACUAUGCUGACAGAGUGAAUCAGAAGUCAAGAGAUGUGCCACUUAUUGAAAAUGAUGAUGAAUUGAUUGACGAGAAACCCGAUAGUAAGGACUUCCAACUCUUACCACAUCACCCAAAAGUUUCUACUUAUAUGCUACGGAAAUGUGACAUUAAACUUGAGAGUGAACUUGUUGAAGAAAUGGAAAUAGUUUUCGAGUGUGAAGACGUCAAGCCCGAAAGGAAUUUAUUAGCAGUUCAGAAAACUGACGAUUAUUCAAAAAAUAAAAAUAUGAGAAAUGUCGAUGAUUAUAAAACUCAAGACAUAAUUAAAUUAGAACCCUCAGGUGAAGUGAAACAAGAAUUUGUUGAUUGCACUGACACAGCAGAAGAAUCAAAUUUGAAUUUCGACCGAGAACAAAAUAAAACAAGGGGAUUAACAAAAAAAUGUAAAAACGAUAAUAACCUAAAAAAAAAGAUUGGUACGGUGCACACUGGUGUCACAUGUGAUAUAUGCAGAAAGAAAUUUUCUCGGAAGGAUCAUCUCAAAAUCCACAUUGAUUCAGUGCAUAGUGGUGUCACAUAUGCAUGUGAUAUUUGCGGAAAUAAAUUGACGACAAAAAAUAGUCUUAAAGUUCACAUCGAUUUGAUGCACAUUCGAGUGAAAUAUGCAUGUGAUACAUGCGGCAAAUCAUUUUCAGUAAAAAGUUACCUUAAAACCCACAUAGAUAUGGUACAUAAUGGUGUCACAUAUGCGUGUGAUGUGUGCGGAAAGAAACUUUCAAGUAUCGGUAAUCUCAAAACUCACAUAGAUUCAGUGCAUAAUGGUGUUAGACAUGCAUGUCAUAUUUGCAGAAAAAAUUUUUCAGAGAAGUCUAGUCUUAAUAAUCACAUUGAUAAUGCGCACAAUGGUGUCAAACAUGCAUGCCGUAUUUGUGGAAAAAAGUACUCAGAUAGAAGUGGUCUCAAAAAACACAACGAUUCGGUGCACAAACGAAUCAGACAUGCAUGUGAUACAUGCGGAAAGUCAUUCACAAGAAAAGAUUAUCUCAAAACCCACAUCGACUCGGCGCACAAUGGUGUUUAA